AUGGGCUUGCUUCAGACCCCCUUCGACCCUCCAGCUUUGUUCAAAAACGGAAAUUCGGAGGAAAAGGAGGUCAAGAAAGCCAUACAAUGGCUCGCCUUGAUUGAAGAUGCUUUCGAGGAUGCAAAGAAAACAUCACAGAAGUUCAAGUCAUUACACGAAGAUGACGACGAACCGGAAAUCCUGGAGAUUCCUGAGGAAACGGCCGAGCUUGAGAAAGGGGAAAAGCAUAUGAAAAAGCUCGUUCUAUCACUUCGAAGAGCCACCAAGCGUCGCCAGAAGGAAGCAAGUCUUGGAAGGAAGAUACAGUGGGCUUUGUACCGCAAGGCCGACUUCGAAAGCUUGAUCGAGACAAUAUGCCACCUCGUCGAUUACCUAGUGAAGUUGUUCCCGACUCUCCAGGAUCAACAGAAGCAGUUGUGUAAGGAAGAAUUGAAGGAAGUCGAACCAGAGAGCAUCCCAACGCUUGUUAAGGUCCUUGGCGAAAAUGAUAAGCUUCUCAAUCUCGUCAUCUUCGAAGAAAUCAAAAAGAAGGGUCACAGGUUCGAAAAUGUGACCAUCGAUGGAAGUGGAUUUGUGAGACUGGGUGAUACCUACCAGAAUAUCGCGAACGCUAAGCCCUCGGUAAUGUCUGUCACUGGACUACGAAUUGGCGGAUCCGGCGUCUCGCAUGUUGGACAUCGAAUUACAACUUCAAUCACAGAUGAGGGAAAUGCUUGUGCACCAGACCGCAAGAAGUGUCAGGAUAAUGAAGUUGAACAUCAAUGA